CUGGGGGCGCGGGGGGCGCACGACCUGACCUCCUGGACUCGAAGCCCGGCCGCUUGGCAGCGCCGGGUCGAGGGUCUGCUCGGUGGGCGCGGACGCGGGGCCGGCGGCCGAGCCGGAGCCAGAGCAUGCGGGGCGCGGCGCGGGCGGCCGGGGGGCGCACGGGGCAGCUGUGGCCGAGGCCCCCCGCCCCGGGCCCUGGGCCGCCGCCGCUGCUGCUGCUGCUGGCCGUGUUGCUGGGCGGCGCGGGCGCGCAGUACUCGAGCGACUUGUGCAGCUGGAAGGGGAGCGGACUGACACACGAGGCCCACAGGAAGGAGGUAGAGCAGGUGUACCUGCGCUGCUCCGCGGGCACUGUCGAGUGGAUGUACCCGACCGGUGCGCUCAUCGUGAACCUGCGGCCCAACACCUUCUCGCCCUCCCGGCACCUGACUCUGUGCAUCAAGCCCCUCAGGGGCUCGUCCGGGGCCAAUAUUUAUUUGGAAAAGACUGGAGAACUGAAACUGCUGGUGCGGGACGGGGACCUCGGGCCCGGCCAGGCCCCGUGCUUCAGCUUCGAGCAGGGCGGCCUGUUCGUGGAGGCGACACCCCAGCAGGACAUCAGCAGGAGGACCACGGGCUUCCAGUACGAGCUGACCAGCCGGCAUGCGGGGCCAGACCUGCACACCCUGUCCGCCCCGUGCCGCCCUUGCAGCCACACUGAGGUGCUCCUGGCUGUCUGUACCAGUGACUUUGUCGUCCGAGGCUCCAUCCAGGAUGUCACCCAUGAGCCGGCGCAGCAAGAGUCAGCCAUCCACCUGCACGUGAGCCGGCUCUACCGGCAGAAGAGCAGGGUCUUCCGGCCGGCCUCAGAGGGCGAGGGUGGCGGCUGGCGGGGGCGCGUCUCCACGCUGCUGGAGUGCGGCGUCCGGCCUGGGCGCGCACUGAGAAAACAACUCAAGUGUUGGAGGAACAAUUGGCAUUCAGCUCCCUGACGUCUGGGCCAUGUUUCCACGUAUGUGGUCCAUAUCCUGUCUGUCAUCUUCACCCACUGUGGACGGCAGACUAAUGGCUCCCAAAGAUGUCCUCAUCCGAAUCCCUGGAGCCUGUGAAUAUGUUACCUACAUGGCAAAGGGGAGUUAAAGCCACAGAUGGAACUAAGAUUGCUAAUGAGAUGGGGACAUUAUUCUGGUGGGCCUAAUGUCAUCACAGGGGUCCUUAAAAGAACCCUUGUAAGGAAGACGAGGCAGGAGAGAGAGAACCAGAGAGAUGCGAUGUGGGGACUCGACAGUCGGUGCUGGCCGUGGAGGUAGAGGAAGGGCCUCCAGAGGGAACCAGCCCCGCCGACACUCGAGAACCAGGCGAUGAUAAACUUGUGUUGUUUUUUAGCCACAGUAAGUUUGUGGGAAUUUGUUACAACAUCUACAGGAGACAAACCACCCAGGUGCCUUCUUACCUGGGGUCAAGGGGACUUGGUAGGGCGCCUGGGCAGCCUGGGUGCUUGUGAAUUCCCCCUAAAGUUGUGCGUAGAAUGCUGUUAUGCAUCUACCUGCAGUUCAUAACUUUCA